CUCUCCAUUUUCUCUCAAGAUUUCGUUUAUUUGGCACCGGAUGUCUCCAAUGAGCUAUACUACGUUGGCCGGGUAUUAGAAUUCGUCCCACCACCGAAACAGCACCCUGGCAAGCAGCACAUGUCUGUACGCAUCGGAUGGUUUUACAGGCCGAAGGAUGUCUUACCCGGUGGCAAGAAGAAAAAUCACGACCCAAGACUAUUACUCGCUUCCAUGCAUUCGGACAUCAAUCCCGUAACAAGCAUACGCGGUAAAUGCGAGAUCAUGCAUAUACACCACAUUGCGGACUUGGACAAGUGGAAAGCGAAAGACGAUACGUUCUAUUACGAUCAACUCUACGACCGUUAUACCCACCGCGUGUAUGAUGUCGUCCCACUCGAGCUUGUCAGAAACCUUCCUGAUGAAGUGGCGCACGCUUUAUCCGACUACCUGUUCAUCCUCGUCGAAGCAGGCAAAGCAUCGGACUUCACCGAACGACGCGUAUGCAACAGCUGCGACAGAUGGUGCAAUCCCGACGAAGCGGUCGUCAAAUGCGUUGCGUGCAACGGCGCCUUCCAUCUGGGCUGUGUCGGCCUCAAUAAGAAACCUCCCAAAGGCUUCGCCUGGCAAUGCGCUAAAUGCAAUAAGGAGGCACUCGAAGGCCGCGAAGAGCGCGAGAAAGGUCUUGAGAGAAGGAACCGGGGCCUUAAGACAUCUGCCCUCAAGGGAGGCGAUAAUCCUGGAACACCUUCUGGUAUUGCCGCAGAUGCGCUUACGCCGUCUUCCUCGAAGCCAGAGAAUCGCGAGGUUCAGAUGGAGAAGAUCGAGCUUCCUUUGCCCGUCAAUAAAGAAACGGUGAAACCUAUCUGGCCUUACCGAUACUUCGGCGAAUACGCAAAAUACCGUGAAUCUCUUGGUCAUUCUGACAGAUUUUUCUCACACAAUAGAAUCGGCAAAGCGUAUCAAGCAGACCUGCCGGAAUGCGUCCCAUUGAUGCAAUCGAAAAUCCGGAUCCCCAGUCUGAACAAAGAUGACAAGUCCGUCACCCCAAGCCCAAAAUCUGGAUCUCCGCGUGAAGCUGAUGGAGCUUCGGGGUCGGCGGCUAUCAAUAAGUUGACCGGCAGCACCCCUCCCGCAAACCAGGACCAACCGCAGACAUUGGCUCCUGGACGAGGAACAGAUGAGGAGCUCGUGUUCCGCAUGCCGACUGAUUUGACUGAUCAAGAAGUCGACAACUACAUAAAGCGCAUUCAAGACUCCAUGCCCGCUUCAAUCAAAUGCUCAGACUAUCUCCUGAACCGCGCACACGAAGAACUGCACAAAGCUGGGUAUAACAUCGCCAAGGCGCUGCAGGUCAUACUUCCUUUGAAGGCAGCCGAUUUGGGAGUGCCGGCUUGGACGGAGCAGGAGAUCAAGGCUUUUGAAACCGGCAUUACGAAGUUUGGACAUGAGCUUCACCUCGUUCAGAGAGAGGUCAAGACAAAGACGCUCCCGGAAAUUGUAACAUAUUUUUACAAAUGGAAGAAAACAAGGCGUUAUGCUCCGGUAUACUCCCAGUUCUGCAAAAAGUAUCGCCCUAGUAAGCAGUUCAAAUCGCAAAAGCAUGCCAUGGAUGGAACGGCGCUGGACGCCGAAGGCAAUCUGUCUGGCGAUAUCAGCGAAGACGAAUGGCGCGCACAGCAAUCCCCGUCCAACCCGAACGCGCAUCAUCACCUGGAAUGUGUCAAUUGCUAUACCACGGAAUCAACCAAGUGGAAAGUUCGACAGCGUCCUGAUCUCAAGAACGAGAUACUGUGCUUCACUUGCGGGGUCUAUUGGCUCAAGUAUGGAGUUGCCAGGCCGGUGCCUGAGAGUAUGCGCAAGGCAAAUCGCGAGCAUGGUAUGCGCCCAAGCGGAAAACGCAAGAAGCAAUCCAUCGAGCCGCCCGCAUCAGACAAAGAUAAGCCAAAGAAGAAGAGCGCCCGUGGCAAGACAAUAAACGCCGCGGUGGCCAGAGCACCACGUGCAGAGGAAGAGUCGGCUCCACCAAGCCCCGAGUGGGAUGAAUCUCGACCGCGCCCGUGCGCUGUUUGUGAUGAUUUGGAUGAGGAGAUGAACAAUCAGAUUGUGGAGUGUGCGGGAUGCAAGUUGAGGGUGCAUAAAGGUUGUUACGGGUUACCAGACCAAGUUACGGUAGAAGAAGGAUUCCUGUGCGCUCGAUGUCAGAAUACUCGACAGCCGGAGUGUUCUGUGCUUUACAACUGUGUUCUAUGUGCCAUGGUUCCCGGUCCCCGUCUCUCUGCCAUCAAACGAACCGUCGGAAACAACUGGGCCCACGUCGCCUGCGCCAUCUGGAUUCCCGAGAUCAAAUUCGGCGACGUCAACACAAUGGAGCCCAUUGAAUGCAUCGGGAUAAUCGAUAAGAAACGCUGGAAGCAGAACUGCUCCAUCUGCCACAGACAUGAAGGAGCUUGCAUCACUUGCUCUGAACGCGGGUGUCAAGUCGCGUUCCACGUUUCGUGUGCGAUGUGGAGCGGGCUGGAGAUGGCUGUUACGGAGCAGGAUGCGGUUGGAGGCGCGGAGAAGGGGGAUGUUGUGUGCCAAGCUUUCUGCGCGAAACAUGACCAUAGGAAACAUGGCUUACUGGUACGUCGCUUGUCGCGUUGGGACAUGGAGCCAGUUUCAAUCGAUACCAUCCGUUAA